AUGGAGCUUUUUUUUUACCUUGUAGUUGUCCAGUCGUUUUCAGAGGGUGCUCCGAGUGGUACCUGUCUGACGAUGUUCCCUAAACACGACCUGGCUGAGAAAAUGAGCACUACUUGUCCUUUCACCAUUAGGCUGUCCUCAGAAACGUAUACUCCUUCGCAAGAGAUCACCGUGUUCAUCGAGGGCAGUGCGGAAAAGACUUUUAAAGGCUUUCAGAUCCGUGCCCAUCGUGUGAAGGGGGAUACCGAGACUAUCAUGGGAACUUUUACGGACUUCCCUGAUGAAUACCUAAAAACACUGAGUUGUUUCGGUGAACUCCAUAAUAUGUUAACCCAUAAAGAUGCCGUGGACAAAGGGAACCUCACAUUAACCUGGAAAGCCCCGGAUGUUCCGGUAGGAGACCUCGUCUUCACUGCGACAAUUCUGACUACCUUUGCGGAGUUUUGGGGUGACGAGAAAUCCGACGUGCUGGUUGACACUUCCGGAACAGCCAACCUUGGAGAUCUGGAGAAGAUGCACAACCAGAUGCACCCGGAUAUAGACUUUGUGGGUACAUGUGGUAAGACCAAAGGUUGUGUCCUAUUCCCAAGACAUUGUAUGGGUGACGACUGCCUGGCUGCCGUGUCAUUCCACACUCAUGACGAUUAUGUUCACUUCGAGAUGAUGGCCAAGGCGGAAGGAUACGUUUCCGUGGGAUUUUCUGACGACAAACUUAUGGGUGAUGACGAGACUCUGAGUUGUACAGCCCAGGACUUGAGAGUCACGGUACAGAGAGGCUAUAACCCGGCUUUGUACAAUGAUAGACAGUAUACGGUUGGGGUAGUCAACAUGACCACAGUACAGAAGGACGGGUAUAUCUACUGUCGGUUCGCUCGGCCAAUAGUCAUGCCCCCUUUAGUGUCUGUCAAUUAUACUUCGGAUCCGCCCACACCAAUCACCCAGACGUUUGACCUCUCCAAGGACUGGUACCUUUUCCUGGCCUGGGGAUACACUUUCGCAGACACGGACGUGAUGGGUAAGCACAUAGAGUUGCCCCUGGUAACAGGCGACAGAGUCAGCCUCUCCUCAACUACGGUGUACAGAGGCAGUAUCAUGUCUAAAUGGCUACAAGCUCACGGUUGUUUAACUGUGAUCGCCUGGAUGCUGCUUGUUGGCCUGGGAACAGUCGUCGCUCGCCAUUACAGACAAGGCAUUGGGGCUAAAAUGGCCCGUGGUCAGAAGAGAUGGUUUCAGUUUCACAGGUGGCUUGUUGGUCUGGCCGCUGUCUUUACCUCUGUGAGCUUUAUUUUGAUAUUCGUCAAACUAGGGGGCUGGAGCGAGUAUGUGACCGUUCACGCUUACCUUGGGAUAGCCAUCAUGGCGGCCACAGUUCUGCAGGCAUUAGGUGGUCUUAUCAGACCCUCGCCCACCUCAAAAAUGCGACCCGUCUUCAACUGGCUUCAUCGGACUCUGGGUAAACUCACUCACGCGGCUACCGCUGCGGAGAUAUACUUCGCCUUUCAGGUGCCUCUUUUUCCUGAUGCCAUGAGGAAAUUUGGGUUUAUUGUCUUUCUGGUUUGGGUUGUCACUCAGUUAUUCUGGGAGAUCGUUAUGGAGAUUAGGUCACGUCAAUCUAAAAAGAGCUCCGCCGCUGACUAUGAAGUAUCGUACAACGUCAAGAUUGAGGAGAAAUCUGCCGAGAAGACCAACCGUGUGGCAAAUGUUAUCCUGCUCCUGUAUAUAUUAAACAUCACGGGAAUAACUGUGGCCGGACUGUGUGCUAUACUACUGUUCUGA